CCCAUUUCCUGCUCCAGGAGAAGUCCGAGUGCAUCUUCCUCGACGGGACGCAGCGGGUGCGGCUUCUGGAUCGGUUCUUCUACGACCGGCAGGAAUAUGUCCGCUUCGACAGCGACCUCGGGAAAUACGUGGCCGUCACGGCGUUGGGGGAGGCGACUGCGGACUAUUGGAACGGAGACAAGCAGAUCAUACAAUACCGGAAGGCCGCUGUUGAUUUCUUCUGCCGACACAACUACGACGCAUUGAACUACGAGGCGGCCAAGAGGGAGGAGCGAACGAUCGGCCGGAGAGGUGA